AACAUUAUUUGAUUUUUCUUUUUUUUUUGCCAGGGUUUGUAAUACUGAUCCUGUUUUCUCAUUGUCAAGUUUUUCUUUGUGUUCUUGCUCCAGUCAUUCACUAUUAUAACCUUAACUUCUAUCAUGUUCUAAACCCCUACCCAGCCAAUGAUCCGUCUUUUAGUAUAUUGACAUAUUUAAAGGUCUAUUUUAUGUUUUUCGUCAUUGUCUAUGUAUGAGAUGUGUGGUGGCAAAGAAAUUUCUUUUAUUAAACUUGUCUGACAGUGGUCUAUACGGCAGCUGCUUACUGCACCUGCAUCUCAUUUCAGGCACUAAAAUGAUGUGUUGGAGGAUACACAUAUAAAAACAAACCUUCACACAACACAAGAGUUUGUCUUGUGUUUGUUUUGACUAAAGAAAGGAGUGAAGUAUAACUCUGGUAAAAGAAAUCAGAUCUUAGAGAGUGUCUCCUUUUGCCUCCCCUACAAGGUCUUGCACUGAGAAUUUCCAUUGUCUUAUUAUUAUUCUGUGCAGUAUUUUUUUCUUCUUUUCUUUUCAUCUUCUCAUGCUUAUGUAUUGACUUCAUGACUGACUAUUUGAGGCAAGAAACUUGGUACUGAUAUCACUAAUGGAUUACUCUUUGAUGAUUCCUUCCCCUGCAGCUCAUUGCCCCCUGACACUGCAGUUAGAAGUGGGUCGACUCGGAAUUAGCCUUUAUGACGGUUGUAGUCUGGAGGCUGGCUUAGUAAUCCUGUUGUUUGUCUGCCUUGUGGUGCAUGGUCAGACUGUCUUAGUCAGCCAGCAGCAGAGGCCCUGGAACCCAGCUCUACUGAAGAGGAUCUGCCUGUGCAGUGGAAACCUUCCAGUCGAUGCAGCAGGAAGUCAGGUUACUCCAACAUCUUUUCAGGGGUGAACCUGCAUCAGCUGCACAGGCUGUUCAGAACAGCAGGGGACAGAAACGCUGAACAUCGGGCGAAGCUGGUUUGGGGAAGGAUGGAUGCAGAUGUGGAAGGCGCGGAUGAUGAAAAGGAGCAGGAAGAGGAGGAGUGGGAGGAUGAGGCAGGGUUGGCCCAAGCUUUAGUGGGACUUAGAGUCCAAACAAGGAAUAAGGCAGGAAUCAGAGUGGCGGGACACAGAGAGCACAAGUGGCUCAGAGCAUCAGGAUAUCUCAGGGUUGAGGAGCCGUUAUCUGGCUACACUGUUAAGGACGAGGCGGCCGAAGUGGCACAAAGUCUGGAAGAGUUUCAGCUGCCGACGGAGGAAGACAUUCCUGAGAAUAAAAACCCCUUCAAACCAUCAUCAUGGAGGCUGGGCAUUAGACUGGAGGGUGCCAGAGACUGUGAUCACUAUCUUCACCGCAUCCUCCACUGAAAACUGCUCACACUUGAGGACAAUGCAAGGAAUGUUAAGACUUGAUAUAAAGGAAUAGUUAAAGCUUUUAAGAAAUUAAAGGUUUUAGAGUA